AUGACUGCCUUUUGUUGCUCUUCUGCCUUGCACUAUCCUGAACUGUCCGAGUUCCAAGAGCUGCUUGCCACGGUCAGCCUGGCAGUUUUGCAAAACUGCCUGGCCUCUGGAAGGUCACUUCAGAAUACGGUUACCGACAGCCUUUUCAUGUCACCGGCCGAGAAGAAGGACGGAAAUGGACAAAACGACUGCGAUCGAGAACACGGGGGUGUGACGCUUUGA